CGACGAGAUCAAAUUACGGAAAAUUACAAAGAGGAAUGCAUCUUUUAAACAGAUCUCAAUAAGUGAAAGGUUUAAAAUCAUCCAGCCGCCACGCUUGAACCACUUCAGUUGAGCUUGAAGUUCAAAAGAAUUACUUGGACUUUUCAUCUACAAUGGCAGUUUUGGUGAAAACUUGUUGCUGCGGCUGCAGUCUUCGCACAGGUGUUAUGAUCCUUGCAAUCUUGGGCCUGAUUGGAUCAGCAUAUUCAAUUUAUCAAGCAGCUCAUUCUGUUAAAGUUUACAAGGAACUAGAGGAGAACGCCGACGGACACAGCCAACAUUUGCCUUUUAACAAAAAGCACUUUCUUGCUAUCAUCAGACUGAGUUAUGCAAGCCUCGCAUUCAGAGUCAUCUCACUGUUGGUGAACGUGUUGCUUCUGGGAUCCUGUUGCACAGGUAACGAACGUUUAGCAUUUCCAUGGCUUGGGUGGAGCAUCUUCGAGCUCUUUUUCACCCUUGGAGUGGUGAUAUUUUAUAUUUCCAUCUGGAAUGGGUUUGCCGCUUUCCUAAUUAUCUAUAGCCUUGGAUGGUUGCUGUCGAUCUACUUCAUUGUUGUGGUUUAUUCGUUCAUCGAAGCCCUUGGUGAAGAUCCAUCGGGAACGAGUGCAGGAUUUUCUCCCCCUCUGACAGGAGGAAAUCAAACUCAGAUGGCUGGUGGACUCCCUCCAUACGCUGUAUCUCAGAAAGGAACUGUGUAAACUUAGCACAAAAAUGUGACUGACUUAAGUGACUACUGAUCAUUGUUUUAAUUUGUAAUUUUUUUGAAAGGCCAACUAAAGUGAACUGAGCUUCAA